AAUAGGAUUCCAUAUCUCGUGUAAGUCCCGCCCAGGAGCGCUGUGUGGAAUAGGUCACAAAUGUCAUUGAAAACUCAUUCAGAUGUUUGCGGCGCUCAUGUGGGAGCAGAGUAAACACGCACUCCGGUCUAAACUUCUCAUACAACAUGGCUCUUAUGGGAGUUCAGCUGGUGGUCAGCCUGCUGGCGGUCAGCAUCAUGCAGAAAAUGGCCCCGCAUUUCUCCUUCGCACGCUGGCUUCUGUGCAACGGCAGUCUUUUCAGGUUCAAGCAUCCUUCAGAGGGAGAACUUUGUGCACUGGCAGGAAAACAGGUGCCCAGUAAGACCAGCAGGAGAGACAGGAGGCAGAAUGGCCACGGGGAGCCCAAGCCGCUCACCGUUCCGAAGGACAUUGAUUUACACCUGGAGAGCACCCCUGUGAACGUUAUAGACGCUCUGGUUCUGCGGUUCUUUGUGGAGUACCAGUGGCUGAUCGACUUUGCGGUCUAUGCGAUGGGCAUCUAUCUGUUCACUGAGGGUUACUACUUCAUGGUGGAUGCCAGUAAGGAGAUCAACAUUGGAGCUAUUUGGUGUGUUCUGAUGGUGUUCUUCUGCCUGAGAACUCUGCAUUUCCUUAUGAGUCACUAUUUCCGCUCAGACGAGGGUGGAGAACGCUCUGUGUGUUUGGCCUUUGGCUUCCUGUCUCUGCUGGUGGCCAUGUUGGUCCUGGUGGUGAGGGAGGACUAUCUGGAGUUUGGCCUUGAGUCUGGAUUCACCAGUGUCUUUGAUAACUUUGAAGUUUUUGCCAAACAGCAGGGAUUUGAGUGGUCCGUUCCUUUCACCAAACUGGGAGUGAAAUUGGGCUUGGCUUUUAUUUGUGCCUUCUUUGGAGCUCUGCUUGCUUUCCCUGGACUUCGCCUGGCCCAAACACACCUGGACGCUGUACAGAUGAAUUCUACCCGACCGCACAUUCAAAUCCUUUUGCACAUCAGUUUUUUGUCCCCAUUGGUGAUACUGGUGCUGUGGAUCAAACCUCUCGCUCGGGACUUCCUGGGAAACGCACCUAUGGGAAAGACUUCAGUUACAUUGCUUUCAAGCUCAGCCUUUGACUCUGUACGUCUCUGGAUGAUUGUUGGUUUGUGUGUGCUAAGGCUGCUGCUCACCCGCCAGCACCUGCAGGCUUACCUGAACCUCGCCCCCAAAUGGGUAGAGCAGAUGAAGAAGGAGGCGGGUCGCAUUGCUGCAGUUGACAUCCAGAGGAAGGUGACUCGUGUGUACUGCUACCUGACUGUAGUAACGCUGCAGUACCUCGUACCAGUGCUGAUUGUGCUCUUCUCAACCCUGGCCCUCAAGGCUUUAGGUGAUUACUCAUGGGGGCUGGGCACCGAGACUCCAGGUGUGACCCUGGCACCGGUUCUUCCCACCACUCCUCCCCCUGUAACCAGGUCAGAAGAUGAUGAUGAUCUCGAGGACAUGGAGGAGGAAAUCCAAGUCACAGUUGCCCACCUGGCCGGGGUUUUUUCUGCGUUGCGUUCUGUUCUUACCCCCGUCUUCUUCAGAGGGAUCUUCUCCUUCCUCACUUGGUGGGUGGCGGCAUGUCAACUGAUCAGCAGCCUGUUCGGGAUCUACUUCCACCAGUAUCUCAUGAGCUGAGCUGAGUGGACCUCUAUGUGCAAACUGUGUGUACUGCAACAUGUGAAACAUGUUCCUGAGAACACCUGAGCUCCACCGACACACUCUGGGCGUGUUUAUGCCUCGGAGGGUUUGAUCUUGACUGGAGACUGUGAUGUGUUUGGUUUAAGAUGAAGAGAAUGAUAAAGUAUUUGUUUUGUUACACGGAUGAAUCUUAAAUCGGUUGUUGGAUCGUGCAGAAGGAAAGCCGUUUGAUUGAAUACGCAACUUCUACAAAUUAAAUCAAUCAACGUGCAAUGUUGAUCAACAGCUAGUUAAAGUUUGUGAUGUAAUACCAAGUGCCUGGUAACUCAAUUCAGGGAUUUGAGUUCACAAUAUUCUACUAAUACGAGCUGCUUACUUUAAUACUGUAGCGUUAAACACAGAGGCACUAAAACCCUGCUACAAUCCAUAAUCCCCUCAGUCUGAGUGCUCACGUGUUAAUGGUUCUGCUACAUGUUCAGUAUUUUAUCCAGUUUUGCUGAUAAGCUCCAGAAUCAGACUGAAAUUACAAUCCGCUCAGUCUUUUCUUUCUCUUCCUGAAUAUUUCUCAUUUAUUUAUUUCUCCUCGUCUCACUGAAUCAUCACACACUAAUUUAGUGAGUCGUUUCUGUGAACAGUUUUUUAGAAUGAAACGCAUGCUGUCUUUGAUUAAAACCCAGAAUGCCUCA